GUGGUCCUGAAGGGAAAGUGGGGUGGUGUCGGGAAUGCUCUCUUGCCCCGGUGGAUUGGACAAGGGACACGCUUCUAUUUUCCCUCGUACUGCAAAUAUUGCCCUGUCGGACGGCAUGCAAAAGGAACCUGACAAUUGCAGUAGUGGGGGAGGCGGUGUCUCGGAACAUGUGUGGCCAAUGCAGCCUGUCUCCGGCCUAAUGAACCAGCGAACUUUCCGGAUGGAACGUCGAGGCAAGCUCGCACAAUGACUAAGGAAUCGGCAGAAGCCACCACCACCGGUGUUCCUAAAAGCAGGCUGAAACGUCG